UCCAAUCAGACAAAACACAACAAACGUGUCUGUUACUCUUUUUCAGUGUCACUAAGUGAAGUGUGAAUCAGCCUUUAGAGAUCUAGCCACAUAGACACUGUGAUUCAGUUUUUCUAAGCUCUUACCAGAUCUCUCGCAUCUAAUUUUACAAGAAACAUUAGGCGUGGAUUACAUCAUACAUGGGGGAGAAUAGUCUACUCCCAUUAAGACCACAAACAUAAGACCUAUCUUUUCCACUUCAGUGCAAAAUGAAAGCCACAUCAAGGUGUGAUAGAGGAAGUACGAUCACUACUGGGUAGCUAAACCAGCCCAUUUUGCAUUAAAUACCACCAUCAACACUGAGGAGAUCUUCAGCACUCCAGAGAAACCUUCCAAGAACAGCAUCAUGAUCAUCUCCGUGCUUUUGCUAGUCACCCUGCUACCAUAUCUGACUGCUCCAGCAUCUGUGCAAGUGGGUAUAGUAAACGGCACAGAAGCCAAACCUCAUUCAAGACCCUACAUGGUUUCAGUUCAAAGUGAUAACAAACACAAAUGUGGUGGCUUCCUUGUAUCUGAACAGUUUGUCAUGACGGCUGCGCACUGUUUUAAAGAAGGAGAGAAGCUGACAGUUGUGGUUGGAGCUCAUGAUUACACUCAUGGUUCUUGCCACAUGGAUGUGAAGUUCUACCACAUUCACCCUGGGUAUGAGUCUAAAAGUCUGCUAAAUGACAUCAUGCUACUUCAGCUACAUGAAAAGGUCAAUAAGAGCAAGAACGUCAACUGGAUCUCCAUACCAAAGAAAAAUAAGGACAUCAAGACCAAGGUCAAAUGCAGUGUUGCAGGAUGGGGGAAAAAAAACACCAAAGGUGCAGCGAGUGCUAAGCUUAUGGAGGUGGACGUCACCAUCAUUGAUGCAAAAGAAUGUAAGAAGUACUGGGGAAAAAAUUACUCCACUUCACGUAUGGUGUGUGCAGGUGGUCGCGGAGGAUUUUGCCAGGGGGAUUCUGGAGGACCCUUGGUGUGCAAUAAUGUCGCAGUCGGUGUCGUUUCAUUCAACGAGCUAAACAACUGUAACUCACCUAAGCUACCGAAUGUCUACACCAAGAUUUCCAAAUUUCUAAGUUGGAUAAAAGCUAUUCUUGAAGCUGCACACUGUGCAAGGAAAGCAGUUUUGGAAAAAAAGGUGAAGACGGUGAAAAUCCCACAACUACAUUACAGCGUUAAAAGCAAUACCCAGUGCUUGGUUGCUGGAUGGGGUUCCACUAAACAGCGCAAAGUAGUCAAUGACCUUUUGGCCUUGAAUGUAUCAACUGUUGACAUCCACAACUGCAAGGAAGCAUGGAAGAAAUACAAAGAAAGCAUCACAAAACUUCCACCAAACAUCAUCUGUGCUGGAGGAUAUAAACAGAAUGGAGGAGUGUGCUUGGGUGAUUCUGGAGGUCCGCUGGUGUGCAAUUCAAUGGCAGUGGGCAUUGUCUCCUUCAGCACAAAGGGGUAUUGCGGUUUUUGA